UUUCUCCCUUUCUUUCCUCUUUUUCUACAACUUUCUUUUCUCUGCUUCUGCGUGCUUCUGAUUUCCCACAUUCAGACAUCGUUAGCUCUAUUUCUUUCUUUCUUAUUAUUUAAAUUAUCAACUAAGCCUAAAAAAAAUAUGGGUUAUUACAAAAGAGCCUUUUGCUUGUCCAGGCAAAUGAAAGAGGGACUAAGUGAGGAGAUUUUGAACAGAUGUGGAAGCAAAUUUUGCUAAGAAAUCUACAACUUGGUUCUCUUAUCUGAAGCAGUGGUCCCUUGAAUUCCAAAUCUUUUCUUGAUACUUCAGAUGGUGUCCAGAACUUGUUUUAGCUUCAUGUGAGUGACAAGGCGAUGGAUCGAGAACCAGAAAAGCAUGACUCUAAGUCGGAUGCAACGGUUGUAAUGGCCAUGCAUGAGGAUGAUACCAUUAUUAACAAUCACCAAAAGGACACUGGACGAUGGGGUACCUUGGUCCUUGCAUACAAGACCUUAGGAGUUGUUUUUGGGGGUCUCGUCACAUCUCCACUUUAUGUAUAUCCAUCAAUGCCGUUCAAGUCUCCAACUAAGGAUGACUAUUUGGGGAUCUACAGCAUAAUGUUUUGGACGCUCACUCUAAUUGGUGGUGUCAAAUAUGCUAGUAUAGCUCUCAAAGCUGAUGAUCAGGGCGAAGGUGGAACAUUUGCUCUUUAUUCAUUACUCUGCAGGAAUAUAAAUAUCGGGAUUCUUUCUUCCAAGAAUGCCAAUUUAAAUUCAAGCAAUUCUUAUGUUAACCAAUCAAGAAAGCCAAGUAGGCUGGGCAAAUUUUUUGAGAGGAGUCUGAUUUCCAGAAGGGUACUGCUUUUCAUUGCAAUGUUGGGUAUGUGCAUGCUAAUUGGUGAUGGCAUACUUACACCUGCCAUCUCAGUGUUGUCUGCAAUGGAUGGCAUAAGAGCACGUUUUCCCUCGGUCAGUAAAUCAUUGGUAGAAGCUUUCUCAGCAAUCAUUAUCAUUAUUAUAUUCCUCCUGCAGAAAUUUGGUACUUCACGAGUGAGUUUCGUGUUCUCUCCUAUCAUGGGUGCAUGGACUCUUACAACUCCUCUCGUUGGGAUAUACAGUAUCAUAAAGUAUUAUCCUAGCAUAUUCAAGGCAAUAUCACCUCAUUACAUAGUCCACUUCUUCUUAAGAAAUGGAAAACAAGGAUGGAUAUGUCUUGGUGGUACCAUCAUGUGCAUUACAGGUUCUGAAGCUAUGUUUGCUGAUCUUGGUCAUUUCAACAGGAGUUCAAUACGGAUAGCAUUUUUUGGUACUAUAUAUCCAUCAUUAGUGCUGACAUAUGCGGGGCAGACUGCAUAUCUGAUCAGAAAUCCCAGUGACCAAGCUGAUGGAUUUUACAAGUUUAUACCAUCUGCUGUGUACUGGCCAAUGUUUGUGAUAGCCACAUUAGCUGCAAUAGUUGCAAGUCAGUCACUGAUUUCAGCCACCUUUUCUGUUAUUAAGCAAUCAGUCGUUUUGGAUUAUUUUCCUCGGGUGAAGGUAGUUCACACAUCCUCCAGCAAUGAAGGUGAGGUUUACUCACCAGAAGUUAACUACAUCCUUAUGAUUCUCUGCGUUGCUGUAAUACUCAUCUUUGGAGAUGGACAAGACAUCGGAAACGCCUUCGGUGUUGUUGUUAGCAUGGUUAUGCUUAUAACCACUAUAUUGCUAACAUUGGUUAUGAUCAUUAUUUGGAGAACUCCACUAGCUCUUGUCGCACUCUACUUCAUUGUGUUUUUCGUGAUGGAAAGUGUCUACGUGAGUGCAAUCUGCACAAAAAUUCCAGAAGGUGGUUGGAUUCCUUUUGCCAUCUCUCUCAUUCUUGCUUUCAUUAUGUUUGGCUGGUUCUAUGGUAGACAGAGAAAGCUCGAAUAUGAGUUGACACACAAGAUAGACUUAGAGAGAUUUAGGACACUGCUAACGGAUCCAGGUGUUCAGAGAGUUCCUGGAAUCUGCUUCUUCUAUACGAAUAUCCAAGACGGUUUAACCCCAAUUUUAGGUCAUUACAUAAAGAACAUGAGAUCUCUGCACAAAGUUACUGUAUUUACAACUCUUCGAUAUUUGCUGGUUCCUAAAGUAGCACCGGAUGAAAGGAUUGUCGUUAGUAAACUAGGUCUCAAAGGAGUUUAUAGAUGUGUGAUUCAGUAUGGUUAUUCAGAUAAACUUAGUCUUGAAGGGGAUGAUUUGGUUAAUCAAGUUAUCGAGAGUUUACGGUCUCAUGUGCUUCACUGCUCCAACCAUAAUUCAGUGGAAGUAGACGAUGAAACUUCCAAGUUGGAAGAGGCCAAGCUUGCUGGAGUGGUCCAUAUUCGUGGAAAGACGAGGUUUCAUAUCGGUAAGCAUUCUGGCUGGUUUGAUAGAACUAUGCUCGCUUUCUAUGAAGUUUUGCACAGCAAUUGCAGAUCUGCACUGCCUGCUUUGGGUGUACCAUUACCUCAACGUAUCGAGGUUGGAAUGCUCUAUGAGGCUUAAGAAUCUGAAUUGUUCUUACUGGUUUAACUACACGGCACUGAAAAAGUUCCAAGAUUGAUCACAACAAUAACAGGUAAGAUCAAUAUUGAUCUAACCAAGUUUUAAUACAUAUAACUUAUUCAUUUUUAAAAAGUUAAGAAGAUGUAGAUUUUAGUGGGAUUAGGAAAUCUCAUGUGUGAAUGAGGCAUGUUGUAGUUGAUAUACUGAUUUACGAGCUUAGAAAGCAAUUGAAAAAAUCUAUGUAGGGGUAAGGUCUAAGGUCUGCGUACA